UUAAACCAACGCAAGAAUCGUCACAACAGAAAAAGUGACAGCAUCUUGGCUACGUAUGGAAUCGUUUAUCAUGCAGACCACUUCUAAAAGAGUUAACCUUAACAACAGAAAUCUAAACGUGAUCAAUGCGAGGUCUUUGCAGCAAUUUCUCAAACCUAUUCAAAUGAACCGCUUCUGCUGAUGCAUUCAUUGUUGCAAGGCUUCCGUGCUCAAAGCCGAAACAUGAUAAACGUUUGUUUGGUCUGGUCGGCAUCUCUUUUUGUUUCAAAUGUACGGUACCAGCCACACGGGAUUCCUUCACGCUGCCGACUUCCAUGUCAACACAAAGAGUGCAGAAACCGCAACAGAAGGCCACUUGCCACUUCGUUGCAAAGGAGACUCCUGAGGAGGCGUUUUGUGGAUGACACGGCCUGUUCGAGCCUUCCAUUGUGGGAUGAACAGUUAUUCCCAUCAUUAGAGCCUUCACCAAAUGAGAUUGGAGGUUCAGCACAGUGUUGCUACGGCAGCAACAACUGCGCCUGCUACUGAGUCUGCUGCCACCUCAUAUCCUGCAGCCACACCAACUAAAUGUGCUGCCUCUUCUGGUCCUGCAGCCUUAGCAGUCACACUGCUUUCUACCUCUGAUGCUGACAUGUCGCAGUGUUCGUUCAGCAAGAAUGAACAGCUAAGAUAAUCAAGGAUCCACAAGGAGUAUU